AUUUCAAAAUAAAAAGAAAAAAAAAAAAUGCUGCUUUCACAUAUCUCGCAGCUUAAGCCAUUUUCACUGUCUUCACUCUCUCCUCCUUUUCCUAUUUCUUCUAUACCCUUCUUCUCUUCUUCAUCUCUAUCCUUCACCGCCUUUCGCGUCCCUUCUUCUUCUUCAAAACCCCUUUUCCGUUUUUACCCUUUUCAUUCCCUAAAAUCUCGACCUUGCCAUCCUCCUCCUCCACAAACUUCCGCCUUUUCCUUUGCAUGCCACGUCAGUACUAGGGGUUUUCCGAUGGACUCGCCGCCGUCACCGGACCUCGCCGAGUCCGCCGUCGACUCCGUGGCUCGUGAUUUGAAGAAUCAGAGCCUUGAUGAUGAUAAGGUAGAAGAAGAGGGACCUACUUUGUUGAACAGCAACGAUAAGAAGAAGAAGAAGAAGAGUCUGGAAGAUCUGUGUUGGGACCAUUCCUUCGUCACUGCAUUGCCUGGUGAUCGCAGAACCGAUACUAUUCCCCGAGAGGUUUUGCACGCUUGUUAUACGAAAGUGUUGCCAUCGGCUGAAGUGGAGAACCCUCAGCUUGUUGCAUGGUCAGAAUCGGUUGCAGAGUUGCUUGAGUUGGAUCCUCAAGAAUUUGAAAGGCCAGAUUUCCCUCUUUUAUUUUCUGGGGCAGAACCUUUGGCAGGAGCCUUGCCCUAUGCUCAGUGCUAUGGCGGGCAUCAGUUUGGGAUGUGGGCUGGACAGUUGGGUGAUGGUCGGGCAAUAACUCUUGGAGAGAUAAUUAAUUCUAAGUCUGAAAGGUGGGAACUGCAGCUUAAAGGUGCUGGGAAGACUCCUUACAGCCGGUUUGCAGAUGGCCUUGCUGUGCUCCGUAGUAGCAUCCGAGAGUUCCUUUGCAGUGAAGCAAUGCAUAGUCUGGGAAUUCCAACAACUCGUGCACUUUGUCUUGUCACAACAGGAAAAAAUGUGUCUCGAGACAUGUUUUAUGAUGGCAAUCCAAAGGACGAGCCUGGUGCAAUUGUUUGUAGAGUUUCCCAAUCCUUCCUGCGGUUUGGAUCAUACCAAAUACAUGCCUUUAGAGGGAAAGAGGACUUUGGAAUUGUUCGUGCUUUGGCAGACUAUGCCAUCAGGCACCACUUUCCUCAUAUAGAGAACAUGAGUAGAAGUGAGAGUUUAUCUUUUGACACAGGCAAUGAAGAUCAUUCGGUUGUGGAUCUAACUUCAAACAAAUAUGCAGCUUGGAUAGUGGAAAUUGCUGAGCGUACUGCUUCCUUGGUUGCACGCUGGCAGGGUGUUGGGUUUACUCACGGUGUGCUGAAUACCGACAAUAUGAGCAUUUUGGGUCUCACCAUUGAUUAUGGUCCUUUUGGAUUUCUGGAUGCUUUUGAUCCAAGUUACACACCCAAUACAACUGAUCUUCCUGGGAGAAGAUACUGUUUUGCAAAUCAGCCUGAUAUUGGCUUAUGGAAUAUUGCUCAGUUCACGUCAACUCUAUCUUCGGCUGAGUUGAUAAAUGAGAAAGAGGCAAACUAUGCCAUGGAAAGAUAUGGAACCAAAUUUAUGGAUGAGUAUCAAGCUAUAAUGACCAAGAAACUCGGGCUUCCAAAGUAUAAUAAACAGUUGAUCAGUAAACUUCUAAAUAAUUUGGCUGUUGACAAAGUAGAUUACACAAAUUUCUUUCGGUUGCUUUCAAAUAUCAAAGCAGAUCCCAGCAUUCCCGAAGAGGAGUUGUUGGUCCCACUGAAGGCUGUUUUGUUAGAUAUUGGCAAGGAGCGCAAGGAAGCAUGGAUCACCUGGGUUAAAGUCUACAUAGAGGAGCUGGCUGCUAGUGGAAUCUCAGAUGAGGAACGAAAGGUCUCAAUGGAUGCAGUGAACCCUAAAUAUGUACUCAGGAACUACCUAUGUCAGAGUGCCAUCGACGUAGCUGAAUCUGGUGAUUUUGGAGAAGUCCGAAGGCUGCUUAAAUUGAUGGAACGACCAUAUGACGAGCAACCGGGAAUGGAAAAAUAUGCUCGCUUGCCCCCUGCUUGGGCCUAUAGGCCUGGUGUUUGCAUGCUUUCUUGUUCGUCAUGAGUCAGGCUGUUUGAUCAUAAUAUUAUACAGAUAUCAGAGAGAGGAGUGCAACCAGUAUUUUUUCUACUUUCCUUGUCUUUUUGGCUAUCAAUAACUUGUUGUAUGUAAAUAUAUUUAUAUAGUCAAAUUCAGUUUUUGUUUUCCACAAUAAAGCGAGGAAGUGGCAUACCUGAUA